GCUCGUUGCUGCUCAGGAAAUGUCUUCACUUUCAGAAUAUGCCUUGCGCAUGAGUCGUCUCAGUGCCCGGCUCUUCGGUGAAGUUGCCAGGCCCACUGAUUCCAAAUCCAUGAAAGUGGUGAAGCUCUUCAGUGAGCAACCGUUAGCCAAGAGGAAGGAGACUUACGACUGGUAUCCAAAUCACAACACUUACUUUGCACUCAUGGGGACGCUACGUUUUCUUGGCCUCUAUAGGUAA